AUGGAAAACCACCCUCAGUUCCGCCAUUCAAUCUCGCUCCAUCCGCACCCUUUCCACAGCCACGCCCGCGACUCCCACGAAGCCCGUCAGUCGGCGUCUUCCCUGUCUCGAGCAGCCACUCUCCCAAGCAGCAACAAUGAAACAGCAGCAGCAGCAGUCCAAGUAGUCGAGAACAUUGCGGCUACCGACGGCGGCGCGGCUUCCGAUGAAGAACGGAACUCGCCUCCGCGCUACACGCCCGUGAACGACCCUCUCCAGCUGGCCUCGAAGAUCAAAACAGAGGCAGAAAUCAAACAGAUCCGAGCCAACACUUCGCGCAAACGAGACCGAGUCACGCCGUCCUUCAUUGGCGACAGAUUCGCGCUGACCACUUCAGGCAAACUGCAGGAGUUCUACCAGGUGCAAAACGAGAAUAUCGAGCGCCUCCUGACCCCCGUCGACGAGCAUGUGCGCGCCGCCAAGGAGCUCAACAACUCGAACCAGUUGAAGUUCAAGAUUGCCGUCUGGGGCAGUUUUGCCGCCAAUGUCGUCCUGUCCGUGGUCCAGAUCUAUGGCGCCGUGUCUUCCGGCUCCCUGUCCCUCUUCACCACCAUGGCCGACGCCAUUUUCGAUCCCCUGUCCAACGUGACUCUCCUGCUAUCCAACAAGGCCGUAUCGCGCGUCGACCCUCGCAAAUUCCCCGCGGGCAAAGCCCGCAUCGAAACCGUGGGCAACAUCUGUUUCUGCUUCCUCAUGACAUCAGUCUCCUUCAUCAUCAUCGCGUUCUCCAUCAAGGAGCUCGCCGACGGGAGCGCCGAGAAGACCGAACCGUUCUAUCUAACCUCCAUAAUUGCCGUUGCCAUAGCCUUUAUGACCAAACUGGUUCUCUUCCUGUAUUGCUUCGCCUUGCGCAACCAGUUCUCGCAAGUCCGCAUUCUGUGGGAGGAUCAUCGUAACGAUAUCAUCAUCAACGGAAUCGGUAUCCUGACCUCGGUCGGCGGAAGUAAGCUGCGCUGGUGGAUUGAUCCCAUGGGCGCGGUGAUGCUGUCGUGUCUGGUUGCGUUUCUGUGGCUGCGCACCUCCUACUCCGAGUUCCAGCUACUCAUUGGCGUGACUGCGGACACGCAAAUGCAACAACUAAUCACAUAUAUCUCAAUGACACACUCCCCCGCAAUCACAGCCAUCGACACUGUGCGAGCAUAUACCUCCGGACCCCGCCUCCUCGUUGAAGUCGACGUCGUCAUGGACCGCGACGCAACGCUAAUGGCCACGCACGACGUCGCCGAGGAACUGCAAAUGAAGCUCGAGUCUCUGCCGGAUGUCGAGCGUGCCUAUGUGCACGUCGACUAUGAGACGACACAUAAACCAGAGCACUUUUUGAAGAAGGAGCUGUGA